UUUAUUUAUAACUUAUAACCACAGAACAUCGCCCAGGGGGAUAUUUUGUGUUGUGGUGGGUGAUUUUAUAUGGGAGGAGAAUAACAGUGGGAUUCACCCACAGACUACAUACUAUUGGAUGAAUUCACCUCGACAGCUCCAAAAUGCCCAUCAGUAGAAAGAACGUGAAAUCCUGCAUAGUUCAGCGGAUACCCAUUCUACAGUGGGGCCCAAAAUAUACCAGCCGAAAAUUGCUAAGCGACUGUAUAGCAGGGUUUACAGUUGGUCUCACUGUGAUUCCUCAGGCUUUGGCCUACGCCACUUUAGGGGGUUUGGAACCGCAGUAUGGACUGUAUUCGGCUUUCAUCGGGUGCUUUGUUUAUGCAAUAUUUGGUAGCAUAAAGGACAUAACUAUAGGGCCGACCGCUCUUAUGGCCCUGAUGACCUACCAGCAAGUUGUGGGAAGGAAUACGGACUAUGCCAUCUUACUAUGUUUCUUGUGUGGAGUUGUACAAAUGAUUAUGUCGAUCUUGCAUUUAGGUGUCCUGGUGGAUUUUAUAUCCAUACCAGUAACGGUGGGAUUCACCUCAGCUACCUCAGUGAUCAUUGCCAGCUCUCAGCUGGGCAGUUUGUUCGGCCUGAAAAUCUCCUCGAACGGAUUUUUCGAUGCAGUGACUAAACUUAUCCAAAACAUCAAGUUUACCAGGCUAACUGACCUGGCGCUGAGCGUCGGCUGUAUCAUCGCGCUGUUGCUGUUGAGAAAAUUGAAAGACGUGAAAUUGCACCAGAAGGGCGCAAAACCCACAAAGUUCCAACAGCCAAUAAACUACACCCUUUGGCUGGUUUCCACGUCUCGAAAUGCUAUAGUUGUUAUAAUCUGUAGCACAGUGGCAUACUUGUACGAAACCCAUGGUACAGGGGCGCCGUUUAAGCUGACGGGGCGAGUAAAGUCGGGAUUUCCGGAAUUCAAGUUGCCACCGUUUACCACUGUGAUCCAGAACAGUACCAGGAACUUUCCUGAUAUGCUGAGCGAUCUUGGCAGCUCUGUGAUUUUAGUGCCCGUGAUUGGUGUGCUGGGCAACGUGGCCAUAGCCAAGGCGUUUGCUGGAGGCGAAACCAUCGAUGCCACUCAGGAGUUACUCACUUUGUCAUUGUGCAAUAUUUUUGGAUCGUUUUUCUCAUCCAUGCCCAUUACCGGGUCUUUUUCCAGAUCGGCGGUUAAUCAUGCUAGCGGCGUGCAAACAUCUUUAGGAGGCGUCGUAACAGGAAUAAUGGUUUUGUUGGCAUUGAGCUUUCUAACUCGCUACUUUGCGUACAUUCCAAAGGCUUCGUUAGGAGCCGUGAUCGUGUGCGCUGUGGCAUUUAUGAUCGAAUACGAAGUCGUAAAACCUAUGUGGAAAUCCAGUAAAAAGGAUUUGGUCUCAGCUCUGGCCACGUUCGUAUUCUGCUUAGUUAUUGGAGUGGAAUACGGAAUUUUGGUUGGUGUGACCAUAAACAUUAUGUUUCUACUGUAUCCAUCGGCUAGACCUGGUAUACGUAUCGAGAAAUGCGCUACUGCAAAUGGGCACGAAUACAUACUGAUCACUCCUGACAAUGCGUUGUACUUCCCGGCAGUGGAUUUCAUAAAAACCAGUAUUGCCACUGCUGGACUUACGUCCAAGAAUCUGCCGCUUGUUAUCGAUUGCCAGUUCAUAUUAGGUGCAGACUUUACUGCAGCCAAAGGCAUUUCCACACUGGUGAAGGAAUUUGCAGCCCGAAAACAACCACUGUACUUUGUAAAUGCCCGUUUGGACGUCGUCACGGUCUUUCAAGGUGUGAUCUCCGAGGAUUUUGUACACUUCAGCAGCAAAACAAACAUGGAACAGGCAAUAGAAGAGAACCACAAUAGACCAGACGAUGAAGAAAACCUGUUGGCAGUCUUUUUGGAUAACUCCUCCCAAAAAACUUCAAGUCAAGCUAAAGCUGGAGUCUUGCAUAAGAGAAACUCUAUGAAUGCCUCAAACAUUCCACUAAUUUGAAAGUAAAUCAGUAGGGAGUACAAAAAAAUAGUGAUGGCAUGAAAAUGAUUAAGCUCUCUCAUACCGACAAUUUACACACCAUGUUCUAUUGCAUGGGUAAAGGGUGUAAUAAAACAUACCUUUUAAACAA